AUGGCCAUCUCGCCACAGUAGGUGCCCAUUUCGAAGCUCAAGAGGUGAUGAGUAGGCCACGUGACUGACCCCAGUGGCGUGUGAGGAUGACAGGACGCGCAAGAUCGUGCAGGACGUGGCACUGUUCGCCGUGUCGCAGGUGCUGUUCUACGCCGCAUUCAAGGUGGGUGCAACCCGAGCCCGUCUCGACAACGCACACGCGUACUGAACUGAUGCAGGUGCCCCGCGCUUACGCACAGGCGGUCAUGUCGUCGAUGGAUCCGCAAUCGAGCAAGCGCAAGGAGGCCAAAGACAAGUCCAAGAAGGCGCUCUCCAAGCUCGGACUCGAUCUCUCCACCUUGGACCUCACCGAACACGAGGAGAUCAUUGCCGGAGAGGUCGUUCACCCAUCAGAGAUCAACGUCACUUUCAAAGGUCAGCGCAGAGCUGUCUCGGCGUUGAGGCGUCACUCGUCGAUCAGGUCGGCGAUGUCGAUAUCGGCCCGGUCGCUUAGUCGCCGGUCAUCGUCGGCUGCUUGGUGCAACGCAAGGCUGGAGAGAGCUCACCAACUUCAAAGACCAGUUACUGACCAUCCAAUGUGCCUUUCGAUUCACAGACAUUGGUGGUUUGGAGCCCAUCAUCUCUCAAUUACGCGAGGCCGUCAUCUUCCCGCUGUGUUACCCUCAGGUCUUCGAGUCCGCCGCUGGUCUCUUCGGCCCACCCAAAGGCGUCCUACUCUACGGUCCUCCAGGAUGCGGCAAGACGAUGCUCGCCAAGGCGCUGGCCAAGGAGUCGGGCGCGACCUUCAUCAACAUGCACGUCUCGACCCUGACCGACAAGUGGUUCGGCGAAUCCAACAAGCUCGUCGCCGCGCUCUUUUCGCUGGCCAAGAAGCUGCAACCGAGUAUCAUCUUCAUCGACGAGAUCGAUUCCUUUAUGCGGGAACGGAGAUCGAGCGACCACGAGGUCACAGGCAUGAUGAAGGCCGAAUUCAUGAGGUACGAUUUGGGCAGUCACUGCCGCCGUCGUACCGUUGUACUAGCCACUGACUCUGUGAAGUACUGCUCGCCUCUGUACAGUAUGUGGGAUGGGUUGGCAACGGGUAACGAUACUCGUAUCCUCGUGUUGGGUGCAACGAACCGACCGAACGACAUUGACGCCGCCAUCUUGCGACGCAUGCCCAAACGCUUCUCGAUCAAACUCCCGGACUUUCAACAGCGACGCAACAUUCUCACCCUAGUCAGUCCCAACCAUUCUCUGUAUGCAGAGUACAAGGCGAUCGCGACCGGCCCCAUGCAUCGCUGAAGCUGAACAAGUAGCGCCCUUUCCUACCCUCGUCACCCACAGAUGCUUCGAGACAUCAAGCUCGACCCUUCAUUCUCGAUGGACUCGCUCGUACGACGAACCGACGGCCUAUCCGGCUCGGACCUCAAAGAAGCCUGCCGCAACGCCGCCAUGGUCCCCGUGCGCGAUCACAUGCGAAGUCACUCCGUAGGCGGGCAGGUCGAUUUGGAAAAGAUCAAGCAAGGCAACUUUAAGAUCCGACCUCUGCUCAACGGCGAUUUCCUCCAACCCGAUCAACCUGCAAACGGGAGAUAUGCGACCGAAUCGGAGGGUUUGGACUGA